ACACGCCGUAUACCGGUGACGUUGGAAAAUCUCUAAACUGGACUCGCCCACCAACUUUGGCCAGUUACGAUGCCGCAAGCGAGAGAGAAAGAGGCGUCGAAUCUUGAUAAUUAAUUAAUUAAUUAGUUUAAGUAUUUAAUUUUUAAUCAAUCGAUCGAUCAGAGAGUGGAGGAGCAGUAGCAGAAGCACAAGCUGCCCAAUCCGAUUGGAAAGUGAGGGAAUUUAGUUUUGGGGGAAAUGGGGGCUUGUGCUUCGAGGCCGAAGGGCUGCAGUUUCGGAUUCAAGAAGAAGAAGAAGAAUGACGGCGGCGCCCGCCGCCGGAGGCGAGUCAUUCCCCGGCGCGUUUCGUCGGCCUCCGAUCGCUCUCACUCCGUUCCUACACACCAAGGAAGUAUGGAUGCAUCGUUUUUUGAUGCGAAUUCGGCGAUCGAGUCGGAGCGAGAUGACGAAUUUUACAGUGUUCAUGAUGAUGUGAUGUCAUUACACGAGUCGGAAAGUGCAUCCACAUUGAGUGUGUCUUCACCGAGAGGUCUUUCUCGGCUGGCACUGAAACCGCCGCCAUUGCAUUCCACCUCCGCUGUGUCCGCGGAGGUGACUGUGGAUGAAAUUGGCGGAGGGGACAAGAUGCAGGGACUGGAUCAUUGUUGGAUUCUUCAAACUUCUUGCUUGCCUUGUCUUCCUUCCACUUCCAAUAGCCCGUUGGGCGACAAAAGAAUAACCCCGGCCGCGCCAAGCUUGAGGAGGAAAGUCCUUUCCUUUAAAUGGAGGGAAGGGCAUUCUGCUAGUGCUGCAGCUGCAGCUGAUUCCACCCCCACAUUACUUUCCCCCAGAACGCUUGCGAAAAGACCACUUGCCGGUUCUACAAUUCCGUACUGUCCCGUUGAGAAGAGAAUUCCAGAUUGUUGGUCACCUCUCGAGCCAAAUACAUUCAAAGUCCGGGGUAAAAAUUAUCUUAGGGAUAAAAAGAAAGAAAUUGCUCCGAGCUGCGCUGCAUUUUAUCCUUUCGCCGCUGAUAUUUUCGUAUCUCAGAAAAAGAUUGAUCACAUUGCUCGUUUUGUGGAACUUCCAGUUGUGAGUACCACUGGAGACAUCCCGUCUAUUCUUGUUGUAAAUGUUCAGAUACCACUUUAUCCAGCCAAUUUUUUUCAAGGCGAUAGUGAUGGAGAAGGAAUGAACUUGGUUAUGUACUAUAAGAUUUCUGAAACUUAUUCCAAAGAGCUUCCCCCUCAUUUCCGAGAAAGUAUCACUAGACUGAUCAAUGACGAAGUGGAGAGAGUUAGAGGAUUCCCUGUCGAUACAAUUGCACCCUUCAGGGAAAGAUUGAAAAUUUUGGGCCGAGUGGCAAAUUUGGAGGAUCUUCAUUUAAGCACAGCCGAGAAGAAGCUAAUGAAUGCUUACAAUGAAAAACCUGUUCUUUCACGUCCUCAACAUGAAUUUUACUUGGGAGAAAACUACUUCGAGAUCGAUUUGGAUAUGCACAGAUUCAGCUACAUCUCUAGAAAAGGUAUUGAAGCAUUUCACGAAAGAAUGAAGCUGUCGGUAUUGGAUUUUGGUCUCACAAUUCAGGGGAACAAGCCAGAAGACUUGCCUGAACAUUUGUUAUGCAGCAUACGGUUGAACAAAGUUGACUACAAUAAUAAAUCAUUACCAGGAGUUUUGAAUCCAAAGUCUCUGUAAUCCCAACACGAUGCUCGAGUUUUUCAAAUCAAUAAAUAACUGAAAAACAAAUUCUACGAUAAAAUCUGUAUUCAUA